UGACGACGGUAAAAUAACAGGAGCUCGGCAUUCUGAUUCAUGUCACCAAUUCUGAACCGUUUGCAGCAACAGCGGCUUUAUGGUGGGUUAAUGAACCAUGUUGUCUGGAAAAAAAACGUAUCUUAAUUAACAACUCUAAAAAGUCUUAAAAUGUAUUUUAUUUGAAUCGAUCUGCCAUCGCGAAAGAAUCGCUUUGACCCCUUCUGUUGUCUUGUUGAAUGUGGCGUUGAGUUCUCUCUGUGGUAAUUGGCUGAGAGAAAUGACCCCUGGCGCCAGGAACCUGUUGGAUAAAAAGGGAACGUUGCGGAGGGAGAAAAAAGCAGAGAGAGAGAGAGAAAUUGAGAGAGAGCACACUGGUGAUUGCACAAGGGACUGGCUUGUGCAGGGCGGGAACACCAAUCAGGGAAUACCAUCAGAGAACAGUUAUGACAGGAAAAUAAUGGACCGUUCUUUUCAGACUCUUUGAAUGAAACAGAAAAUGGCUUCGCCCUUAAAACUAGUUGGACUUCAGCAUCAACCGUCGAAAAUGGGUUCUAUUACGACACAUAGGUGCACAGGAUUUGGAAUCCAGGAAAUUCUGGGCUUGAACAAGGAGCCGCCCGCGUUUCCGCGGCGUCCGUUGGAAUCUCUGCAGCACAGGGCGCACCUUCUGACGGCUAGGUCGGCUUUAGGCCCCGCGGCAGUCGGGGUUGGAAUGGGAAUUAUUGGUCCAGGAGGGAUUCAUUCGUUUUACAGCCAGCCUGCCUUUCUGGAGGUGUUGCAGGAGGCGCAGAGUGUUCACCUUCAGCCGCUCAACAGGGCCAGGGCAACGGGACAGCUGGAUGCCCACCACUCCGCAAGCUGUUCUGAUUCAGAUGACGUAUCCUCCAGUGAAAAGACAUUUUCUAAUUCAUCGAUGAGCCAGAACAAGAAAAGAAAGAAGAGACGUCACAGAACUAUAUUUACUUCGUAUCAGCUGGACGAGUUGGAGAAGGCUUUCAACGAGGCCCACUACCCCGAUGUUUACGCCAGAGAGAUGCUCUCCAUGAAGACUGAACUUCCAGAGGACAGGAUACAGGUUUGGUUUCAGAACCGACGUGCCAAGUGGAGGAAGAGGGAGAAGUGUUGGGGUCACAGCAGUGUGAUGGCGGAGUACGGCCUGUACGGAGCCAUGGUCCGCCACUCCAUCCCUCUGCCCGAGUCCAUCCUCAAGUCAGCCAAGGACGGCGUCAUGGAUUCCUGUGCCCCAUGGCUACUGGGUAUGCACAAGAAGUCCAUGGAUACCCCUGUACCGACCUCUUCUGGAAAACUAGAAGCUCCCCAUUCCCAACCGCCUGCCAGGGAACGAGAGAGGGAGAGAGUGGUGGAGAAAACAGAGGAGGAGGAGGAGAGGAGGAGGGAGAGUACCAGAUCGUCCAUGUCCAAAGAGGAACUGCGAGAGAAUAGCAUCGCUGCACUCAGAGCUAAAGCACUGGAACACAGCGCUAAGAUGCUGGGGACACAUCAUGGGGACGGACCACCGGGAACAGUUUCAGGGGACGGAACAGGGGGACAGCCAAUGGAGACAGAGGACAAAGAGGAGGACAGUUGAAGCCUGCGUUGGAGAGAGAGAGAGAGCCCAGUCACUGAUAUGAAUGCUCAUUGUCUAAAGAAGUUGAUGCCCUCUCUGUAAAGAACACUGUUUACAUACUCCUGACGUCUAUACUAAUCAUAAACAAGAUGGUAUCGCUCACAAUACACAAUAUUCUUAGUAGCAAAUAAAAGUACAUCAUGUUUCUUUGACACCAAGACCUGAUAUCGUCAACCUCAAAAUCCUUCAGUCAUGGAGAUCAAUUUUGUACAGAUCACAUUUUGCAACAUGGCAAAUUCCACCUCGGUAAACUGCUAUAACUAUACCCUGGUCUAUAACUGUCCACUGUUUUGUAAUCUGUCAGCUAUCUGGGUGCUUGCUAUUCUGCGACUUUAGGAAGACUAACUAUUUGGUUCCGUCGAUCAGUCUCUACAUAACAUAAUAGGGGACAGUACAUAGGCUAAGGUAAUACUCAAAACAUGUCGUGACAAAAAAUAUACAUGGUGUCUUGUGGAAAAAACAAGAGACUAAACUUGCAGAGGAUUCGUGGACCUUUUUUAACACAAACACUUUCUCUUGAAAUGUGUGGUGGAUCUCUCUAUUGUAAUAAUUUUAAAACGAAAUAUAGCUACGUUCAUGUAGUUGGAAAUCAGUAAGUUGUGUUUUUGUUUCGUCUCUGUGUUCUGUAUAAUAGUAAUAAAACGUUAUUUACGUGGAAGAUUCCGGGGUAUCGUGUGUGUGUGUAUUGAUGAGGAUUCAUUAAGAAUAGCCCAAAUUACAUAAACCACAUUGCAUACGUCUGUCAUAAUAGGCUAUUUUAAAUCGAAACAUAUUGAUUGAUCUUGUAAUAUAAAUAGACUCAUUGUGUUAUAGAUUAUACCCCAGUUGCACCAAACUGAUAACCUAUAACCUGAUCAACUAAACGUUCUAAAUAGGUCAUGAGCCAGACAGGUAGACUAAGAAGGAACGAAAAUGAAUGAUUUAGGCUACCUUAUUUAGUUGCCUCUUGUUUCAAGGCUACAGCCUACAACUAAAUACAUUGUGAAGCGAGGGUGACACAAUAGACUGGCGGCGGGACAUUAGCGCCAGCAUUUAAUUUAUUUCAUAAAAUUCCUUAAACCUUCUUUUACUAAAACCAGAUCUAUCCUUUGUUAGUUUCAAAUCCCCUAAAACCACCUGCCUUCUAGAAAAUUAUCUUUUGUCUGGAUUUUCGUCUCUCCAUAUAUCAAUCAUUCCCUUUUCUAACAUAAUCUUCUUUACACAAUAUUUCGUUGAUUUAAAUCAUAGUGUAUAAAUUGAAUGAAUUAAAAAUUUAAUGAAAAAUGCAUUAUUAGGCUCAGUCUAUAUUAUUACGUUCUGUCUAUAUGUUGCUUCAGGGAAAAUGCAGGCUCAUAUCAACCUGAACUAUCUGUGAAGCCACAUACUCUGGCCAAAAUGGUGUUUCUAGAAAAAAAAAUUAAAAGGCACUACAGACAGAGCCUUAUAAUGCACUUUUUUUCGUUUCAUUUUAAAGUCACAGCCUAGUUAAAUAAAAGGUUAAAUAAAAAUAGAAAAUAAAAACAGACUUUAUAAACAGCCUGGAGUGCAGACCAACAGCGGAGAAAACCCCUCUCCCCGCUUGUAGCCACUGGGAAUGAUAAACACCCUUCGGGUCACGGCUGGGCGGGGAUGCGGAGCUGUUUAAAAUUUUAAAAAUGAUAUAGGUAAGUCUAAAGGUCUUUAGGCGAAAUAACCCAAUCAAAAGGAAAGAAAGAGGUUAUACUGUGUCAGGCCUAUUCGGCCAAAAUCAAUGAUAAUCUAUUGUAUAGAUAAUAGAACGAAAAUCAACGGAGCUUUUAAUAUGUUGUAUUUAUUAAAUACUUUGUUACAAUGACACACUCAGCUCGCUUACCCACCUCCUUCCUUCCUGUUAGCAUGUACACAUAGUAGACAAUCAUGCUUUCGGGAUAUGUAUGUCUAUGUGUCUUUUCAGAUUCGACAAUGAGUCUUUAGUUGUGGACACUACAUAUAUUUAAGCUGUUGUCUGUGCCCGAAUAAUGUUUAUACCCUGUUUUGUGCUGCUACCAUGUUGUGUUGCUACCAUGUUGUUGUCAUGUGUUUCUGCCAUGCUGUGUUGUUGUCUUAAGUCUCUAUUUAUGUAGUGUUGUCUCUCUUGUUGUGAUGUGUGUUUUGUCCUAUAUUUUAUUUAAAUGUUUUUAUUUUUAAUCCCAGCCCCCGUCCCCGCGGGAGGCCUUUUGGUAGGCCCUCAUUGUAAAUAAGAAUUUGUUCUUCACUGACUUGCCUAGUUAAAUAAAGGUUAAAUAAAAAAUACACUCACUCCCUC